CCGCCUCUAACCCUCGCAGUUUCGUCACCGCUCAAUUGAAAAUUAUCGCUUCGGAGCUCGAAUAUUCAAAAUUUUGCUAAACUAAUCGGUUCGAAUGGCUCGCACCAAGCAAACUGCCAGGAAAUCCACCGGAGGCAAGGCUCCCAGAAAGCAAUUGGCCACCAAAGCCGCCCGAAAGUCAGCUCCGGCCACUGGCGGAGUCAAGAAGCCCCACCGUUUCCGCCCUGGAACUGUCGCACUCCGUGAGAUCCGAAAAUACCAGAAGAGUACUGAGCUUUUGAUCCGAAAGCUUCCGUUUCAACGAUUGGUUCGUGAGAUCGCACAGGACUUCAAAACCGAUCUGAGGUUCCAGAGCAGUGCCGUGUCGGCGCUUCAGGAGGCGGCAGAGGCGUACUUGGUCGGUCUGUUUGAAGAUACAAAUCUUUGUGCUAUUCAUGCGAAGAGAGUCACCAUUAUGCCGAAGGAUAUUCAAUUGGCUAGGAGAAUCAGAGGCGAAAGGGCAUAGAGGGUUGGCUUGAUUGUUUUGCAUCUUUCUGUUUUACUAUUAGAUUCUGCUGUAAAUCUGCUGCGUUCUUAACUACUAUCCAUGGCUAGAUUCUAGGUCACAAGUACAUGAGAUUUCAAAAAUCAGAGUAUUAGAUGGAUUUGCCCUUACUUUGCUCAUUCUAGUUUGAUGAAUCCAAUUAGUUUUCGUUGCACUGAAAUGAUUCGGUUCUAUAAUUUUGAGUCGUUAGAUUUCUCACUCACAAUUCUUUUUCUGCUUGAAUCCUGUAUCGAUAUGAAUCAAGGUCUGCUUGAAUCCGGUAUUCAAUAUGAAUCCAUGUCUGUUCUUCCA